AAAUAAUUUUAGUAUGAAUUAAAUUUAAAUAAAAUAUUUUAUUCCAAAUUUUUGUGUUUUUAGUAAAUAUUAUGUAAAUCUCAAAAACUAGCUUAGUUGAAACUAAGUUUCGGUCAAAAUUAUUAGUACAAGUCUCAAACUGAUUGAAAAUGGCUGACGGCAAUAAGGACAACACGAAGGGAGAUGAAAAAGACAAGAGGGUGAAAAUACAGGUGGAGGGAGAAGAUGAAAUCGGGGCAGAAGGUGAGACUGGAAGAAGAAAAAUGAAAAGGUUUCAGUUACCAAACCUAUCACGAUGGUGGCAAGCGAAAAUUAUACAAUAUGCCUUUGCACACCCGCAUGUCCGGGCACGCCUGGAGAAGCAUAUGGGCUCAAACCUGGUGCGGCUCACGGACAAAACUUACAUGACCGAGCUUGAGGAAAGGAUUCGCGCCGUUAAUGAGGAAAAUCUGAACAAGAGGAUCUCUUCCAGAGUUCUCGACGAAAUGGAAAGGUUAAAAAGGCUGAUCCUGGUCGGAAAGACACCUUUAAAAGAAUGUCCACCUGAGCUUUUCCAUCACCCUGUAUUCGUUUUCUGGAGGAUGGUGAACAGAGAAGUUGCCAGAGCCUCUAAGAAACGAGCUGAUGCAUAUUACAGGAAAUUGAAAGCGUCACAAAAAAUUGAUCAAGGGGCGGACGAGGAAGCUGAAGCCGAGGCAUUGAGUGAACAAGGUCACCAAUUGACUCCAGAAGAACUCCUUGCGAAGUGCGUUGCAGAAUUGGAAGAAAUCAAGCAGGCAGACAUCGAAAAGGGCGUUCGCUUUAAUGACGAACAGUUCACCGUCCUCAAAUACGAAGCCAACGAUAUUAAAGUUCUUAAAAACCUAACUACUGUGGAGGAACUCUACGCAUUGGCAGACAAAAUUAUUGGCACAAAACGUCUAUGAAUUUCUAAUUUAAGGAUAACUAAGGAGAAAUGAUAAAAAUCUUUUUAAAAUC